UAAAACACACUGACACAGACUAAAACUGAACAACAUGAAGGUUCUUGUGGUGCUUGCACUUGCUGUAUUUACAGGUUGCCAGGCCAACAUAUUCUAUGCUGAUGAGCCCAAGCCACAGCUGGAGCAGCUGACAGAUGCUUUCUGGAGCUAUGUUUCCAAGGCAACACAGACCGCAGAGGAAACCGUCAUGAUGAUCAGGUCUUCCCAGUUGGGACAAGAAGUCAAUGCUAGGCUGACCCAGAGUGCCGAUAUGGCCAGCGAAUAUGCCGUCACCCUCAAGAAACAGAUGGAUCCUCUGGCUGAAGAGCUGAUGACCAAAAUCACCAAGGAGGCUGAAGUGUUGAGGGAGCGUCUGGGCCAGGACUUGUUUAACGUAAGAGACAAACUGGAGCCCUAUACUGACAACCUCAAGAGUCAGAUCCAGCAGAGAGUGGAGGAGCUCAGGACAGCCAUGGCUCCAUAUGCUGACUCCCUGGAUUCUGAGACCCUGAAGGCCACUCUGCUCCAGAAGAGUGAGGAGCUGAGAGGAAACCUGGAGCAGAGCGUGAAGGAGCUGCGGGCUCAGCUGGAGCCCUACACUGCUGAACUCAAGGAGAAAGUGGACCAGCAUCUGCAGGAGUUUCAGAAGAGCGUGACCCCCCUGACUGAGGACCUCCAGACCCAGAUCAGAGAGAGGGCCCAGAUGGUCCAGCAGAGUCUCACACCCUAUACUGAAGACCUCAAGGAAAAGCUGGACCCCUAUGCGCAGGACCUGCAGGCCCAGCUCUCCUCCCUGUAUGAGUCCUUCACCAAGAGAAAUUAGAUGCUUCAAAGACUUCUUCUGUCACUUUCCUCCAUUUAUUAAUCCUACCAUGCCCUACACUAAAGCAAAAAAUUAAAACAUCUGAUAAAGUCUCAUUAAUUAUUAAUUAAUUAAUUAUUCUUGUAAGUUUACAGAUUCC